GGGGAGCGCGGCGCGGGCCGCAGCCCUCGAGUUCCGCCGCUCCCGGCGCACAGGCGCCCGGUGCCGCCGCCGUCCUUUCCCCGCCUCCGCCGCCUCCUCCUUCCCGCCCGCUCCCGCCGCCGCGGCCCCUUCCUCCGCCGGGGCCCAUCGGUCCGGCCAUGGCCACCAAGAAGGCGGGCUCGCGGCUGGAGACCGAGAUCGAGCGGUGCCGCUCGGAGUGCCAGUGGGAGCGGAUCCCCGAGCUUGUCAAGCAGCUCUCGGCCAAGCUCAUCGCUAACGAUGACAUGGCAGAACUUCUUCUCGGAGAGUCCAAACUAGAACAGUUUUUGAAGGAAAAUGCUCUUAAACAGAGCAGUAGUCCACGGGGCCCCCGGCCAAAGCUAACUGAGGUCAGGAAGCAUCUAACAGCAGCACUUGAUAGAGGAAACCUAAAGCCAGAAUUCUUACAAGAGGCUAACCUACUUAUGGCCAAGUUGAACUAUGUGGAAGGUGAUUACAAGGAAGCUCUAAACACAUAUGCCAGAGUUGGAGUUGAUGAUUUGCAGCUAGCUGCUGUGCCACCAUAUAGGUUACGGAUGAUUGCUGAAGCAUACUCUACUAAAGGUCUCUGUCUUGAGAAGCUGCCAAUUUCUUCUUCAGCUAGCAACCUCCAUGUGGACCGGGAACAAGAAAUUGUUACGUGCUAUGAGAAAGCCGGGGAUAUUGCUCUUCUAUACCUUCAGGAGAUAGAAAGGGUAAUUAAUACUAAUAUUCAAAACAGAAGCCCUAAGCCAGGGCCUACUACACAUGAACAGGAACUUGGUUUUUUCUUGGAAACGGGACUACAGAGGGCACAUGUUUUAUAUUUCAAGAACGGGAUAAAUGUGCAUGAAGACCAACAGAACUUGACAAGAGGAGUUGGUAGAUUUAGAGAGUUACUAAGAGCUGUUGAAACAAGAACUACACAAAAUCUGCGAAUGACGAUAGCAAGACAGCUGGCUGAAAUUUUGUUACGAGGCAUGUGUGAACAGAGUUAUUGGAAUCCACUGGAAGAUCCCCCUCACCAAUCGCCACUAGAUGAUCCACUUCGGAAAGGUUCAAAUACAAAAAAUUACACACUCAGUAGAAGGCCACGGGUAUAUACUGGAGAAAACAUCUUUUGUCCUCAAGAAAACACAGAAGAAGCCUUACUGUUGCUACUUAUUAGUGAAUCUAUGGCUAACCGUGAUGCUGUACUAAGCAGAAUACCAGAACACAAGAAUGAUCGUAUCAUCAGUUUGCAAAGUGCAUCUGUAGUAUAUGAUUUACUUACUAUAGCCUUGGGAAGAAGAGGCCAAUAUGAAAUGCUCUCAGAGUGUUUAGAAAGAGCCAUGAAGUUUGCGUUUGAAGAAUUCCAUCUCUGGUAUCAAUUUGCAUUGUCCUUGAUGGCAGCAGGAAAAUCUGCUCGAGCUGUUAAAGUCUUGAAGGAAUGUAUACGUUUGAAACCAGAUGAUGCAACUAUUCCUCUCCUUGCUGCAAAGCUCUGUAUGGGAUCUCUCCACUGGUUGGAAGAGGCAGAAAGGUUUGCCAAAACGGUUGUUGAUCUUGGAGACAAAACAUCUGAGUUCAAAGCAAAAGGAUACUUGGCACUAGGAUUGACUUACAGUCUGCAGGCUACUGAUGCAUCUUUGCGAGGGAUGCAAGAGGUCUUGCAGAGAAAGGCUCUUCUUGCAUUUCAGAGGGCUCACAGUUUAUCUCCAACAGAUCAUCUGGCAGCGUUUUACUUGGCACUGCAGCUUGCCAUAUCCAGACAGAUACCAGAAGCUUUGGGUUAUGUUCGCCAGGCUCUGCAGCUACAAGGAGAUGAUGCCAACUCUCUUCAUCUCCUUGCACUUUUGCUGUCAGCCCAGAAACACUAUCAUGAUGCUUUGAAUAUCAUUGAUAUGGCCUUGAGUGAAUAUCCAGAAAAUUUUAUAUUGCUGUUUACAAAAGUCAAAUUGGAAUCCCUGUGCAGAGGCCCAGAUGAAGCACUCCUUACCUGUAAACACAUGCUCCAGAUUUGGAAAUCUUGCUAUAAUCUCACUAACCCAAGUGAUUCUGGACGUGGGAGCAGCCUGUUAGACAGAGCUAUUGCCGAUAGACGACAGCUUAAUACAAUUACAUUACCAGAUUUCAGUGAUCCUGAAACAGGGAAGUCAUCAGAUGCUUACUUUCAUGGUUUUUACUCCCUUUUUUCAGUUUGUUCGAUCCAUGCGACUUCAAUAGCAGCUUCCAGAGUGGAGCAAGCACUGUCUGAAGUUGCUUCAUCUCUGCAGAGCAGUGCCCCUAAACAAGGUCCCCUGCAUCCUUGGAUGACUCUAGCUCAGAUAUGGCUUCAUGCAGCUGAAGUCUACAUAGGAAUUGGGAAGCCUGCUGAGGCCACUGCAUGCACCCAGGAAGCAGCUAAUCUCUUCCCGAUGUCACACUAUGUGCUUUACAUGAGAGGCCAGGUGGCUGAACUUCGUGGAAAUAUUGAUGAAGCCAAACGGUGGUAUGAAGAGGCCUUAUCUAUUAGUCCUACUCAUGUGAAAAGCAUGCAAAGGCUGGCACUGAUACUUCACCAGCUUGGGCGCUAUAGCUUGGCCGAGAAGAUUCUCAGAGACGCUGUGCAGGUGAACUCCACGGCCCACGAGGUCUGGAACGGACUGGGUGAGGUGCUGCAGGCUCAAGGCAAUGAUGAUGCCGCCACUGAAUGCUUCCUGACGGCACUGGAGCUUGAAGCCAGCAGUCCUGUUGUCCCUUUUACAAUCAUCCCGAGAGUUCUUUGAGAGGAUAUCUUGACCAACUUAUUUUGGUCUGACUUCUGGGUGUGGAAACCCAGUGUUUCAGGCUGCCUGGUAACUGAUCAGUUUGAAAAACCUUAGAGCGGCAGGUAACAAACUCAUCUUUUGUGGGAAAGUGGCCAAAACGGUGUCAUGAUGCAUUCUGUUGUUAAACUGUGAGGACAGAACGGCUAACCAGAACCAAAUCAGUCAUAUCGCCAAUGUUUUUACCCUGGUAGUUUUGAAACUUCGUUAUAUUGUUCCUGAAUGAUGUGCCAUAUUUUGUUAGUGAUACUUGAGUGUUACAUAAAAUUAUAAUGGAAUCAACUACCAAACGUAGAAUAAUAUAUUCAAGUUAAAAUUCAGUGGCAGAGCAGACUAUUUUUAACAAGGCUGUUAUGAAAACUGUUUUCUUCCUGCCUCUCAACCUCUUUUGGCCCAAAGUCAAAAUGUGAAUUUUCUGUUUCCAUCUCUAUUUUAGUCCAGGCCAGAGAAUCAGUUGAGUCCUUGUUUUUAGUUGUUAAUAACUGUGAUGUGUGGCUAACUGUUAUCUCUAUUUAGAGCAGAGGCUGAGUACAAGAAUAUUUAUAUUUUACCAAUGUAUGCCUGUUACAAAAAAUAUAUUAGUUAUUUAAGUUUAACUUUUUUAUGUGAAUUCAGAGUUUAUUUAUCAAUGGAAAUAUGUAAAAAGAACCUCAAAUGAAGUAUUUACCGACAUUCCUUAUUCACGACCCACACUUGGCUAAAUGGGAAGAUUAUGUUAAUAAUAAAAUGAUUUUUAAAUGGAA